AAGACCCCGGUGCUGCCGGGGGAGCUUUCUCCUCGCUGUUUUUUCCGUUGCGCUGCUGCCUACGGCGUGUCCCGCAAGCAGCGGCUUGUUGAGACGUAAUGCCGCGCUGAUGUUGCAGUGCGGUUGCUGUUCCCGAGGGCUUGCCUUACAGCAGUGCUGCUGGCUCGAAGGUCUCCUCUGGUAUAUCGAUGCGCUGUAGUUACCCGUGUUCCCAUGGUAAAGAGUGACCAAGCUAUGCAAAAAAUAAACUUACAGUUCUUCAGGUGACCAGAAUGCAUUCCCAGUGGGACUGGCUGUGCUUGGGGCUCCUGAUAAUUAGUUCAGUAUCUGCAGAAGUUGAAGAUGGAGAAGUUCUGGGUGCAGAUGUUGAAGUGGAGGAUUUUGACAAAGAGUCUCAACAAGCUGAUGCUGACAAAGAGGAAUCUUCCUUAGGGGUUGUGUACCAGACUCCAAAGCCAAGUGGAGAAGUUUAUUUUGCAGAAACCUUUGAUGGAGUAUUGACUGGGUGGGUCUUGUCUAAAGCCAAGAAAGAAGACACGGAUGACAACAUUGCUAAAUAUGAUGGAAGAUGGGAAGUUGAAGGGCUGAAAGAAAACACAGUACCUGGAGACAAAGGAUUAGUGUUAAAAUCAGCUGCAAAGCAUCAUGCAAUAUCAGCUAUGCUAACAAAGGCAUUUAUUUUCGAUAAAAAACCUUUGAUUGUUCAAUACGAAGUGAAUUUUCAAGGAGGCAUUGACUGUGGUGGUGCAUAUAUUAAACUGCUCUCCAGUAUGGAUGACUUGAAUCUGGAAUUCUUUUUUGACAAAACGCCUUAUACUAUUAUGUUUGGACCAGAUAAAUGUGGUGAAGAUUACAAAUUGCACUUUAUCAUCAGACAUAAGAAUCCUAAAACUGGAGAAUAUGAUGAAAAACAUGCAAAACGUCCUGAUGUGGACCUAAAAAAAUUCUAUUUGGACAAGAAGACACAUCUAUACACUCUUGUGCUAAAACCAGAUGAUACAUUUGAAAUGCUGAUCGACCAGUCAGUCAUCAGUAAGGGAAGUCUUCUUGAGGAUAUGGUUCCUCCAGUAAACCCUCCCAAAGAAAUAGAUGAUCCUGCUGAUAAGAAGCCUGAAGACUGGGAUGAGAGACAAAAAAUACCUGAUCCCAAUGCUGUCAAACCGGAUGACUGGGAUGAAGAUGAGCCUUCCAAAAUUGAAGAUCUUGAUGCUGUUAAGCCUGAAGGAUGGCUUGAUUAUGAACCACAGUAUGUUCCAGACCCCAGUGCAAAAAAGCCAAAGGACUGGGAUGAAGAAAUGGAUGGGGAGUGGGAAGCCCCUCAGGUCCCUAAUCCAAAGUGUGCGACCGCACCUGGUUGCGGACUGUGGGUGCGUCCCAUGAAGAACAACCCCAAGUAUAAAGGAAAAUGGAAAGCACCUAUGAUAGUUAAUCCUAAUUAUCAGGGAAUCUGGAGUCCUCGGAAAAUACCUAACCCAGACUAUUUUGAAGAUCCUCACCCAUUUGAGAUGACACCUAUCAGUGCUAUCGGUUUAGAACUCUGGUCUAUGACAUCCGAUAUCUACUUUGAUAACUUCGUAAUAUGUUCAGAAAAAGAAGUAGCUGAUCGUUGGGCAGCAGAUGGCUGGGGCUUGAAGAAAUUAGUAGCAAGUGCUAACGAGCCUGGAAUGUUUAGUCAACUGAUGACUGCUGCAGAAGACCAUCCGUGGCUCUGGGUUCUUUAUAUCUUGACUUUAGCUCUGCCUGUUGGUCUAGGCGUGUUGUUCUGCUGGCCAGCAAAGAAAACAGAUGAAGAUACUGACUUUAAAAAAAGUGAUUUAUCUAUGCCAGUUACAAAGGGAGAUCGAAAACAAGGAAGAGAAGAGUUUGAAGAUGAUGAAAUAGAUUUAGAAGAAGAAAAAGAAAAUGAAGAUAUUGGUGAAGAUGGAAUGCGAUGCCAGCCUGCAGAGAUCUGUUCUGCUGUUCCAAGGAAGAAACAAAUGAUCAAGAGAAGAGAACUGGAGGAGACAGAGUUUAUAGAGGAUACAAAUAAGAUGGGAAGGGAGACUCCUCCUUCAGAAGAUGAGAGUAAAGAUGGAGAAGAUAUUGAUGACGAAGAAAACGAGGUUGCAGAUGGAAGUCAAGAAGGUGAUAAGUCAAAUAUAUCUGGCUCAGAAGAUGAGAUGACAGUAGCUGACGAAGCUGCAGAUUCUGGGGAUGGUCCACUGAAGACAGUGCGCAAAAGAAGAGUACAAAAGGACUGAGCUCAUUCCAGCUACUGUUUCUAUUUCUAGGUCUAAACAAUAGUAACUUCUGACAUGCCACAAGGGGCCUGACAGUAUGCAGGUUCCUGAGAUGUGAAGGGAAAAAUGGGACUCGUUGCUACUUAACCUCUCUUAGUUCCCUAACCUCUUUUAACCUUCCCAAGCUUCCUUGAUGCCCUUUUUUUUUUUUUUUUUUUUUUUUAAGGAGAAAUACUAUCUGUGACGAGUUAGCUAAUGUUUCACAUUUAGAAUCAAAGUGAAACUGCAAGUUGGCCAACUGAUUUUAAAAAGCAGAUUCUUAAGAUUUGAAGACUCUUAGAAAUCAAUAUUGCUUACAGAUGAAAAAUUGUACUCCGAAUAUUUUUUAAAAGGUGAAUAAAUAUUUUUGCAGCUCUAGCACUGAGUUAGCUGUUUACACAUUUGAGCUAAGAGAGGGCUGUAGUAUAGAUGUAGCAUCUACAGUUCAGGUUGUUGAGAGAAAGGUAUUUUUUCUGUGCAGAGCUAAAUGCAAUAUUCCUUUUUUGUAUGAUGAUUUAGUGCUAGCAACAAUUUUUCUUGUAAAUUAUUGUAGUUGAUACUGUUACAGAAUGGUCACCUGUUCACUUUAAACACUGGUUACAGUAAUUUAUUUUUAAGAGAUAGUUUAGAAUAGGAUACUCAGAGAAGGAGCGGUUAAUUGAUGUGACUUAUUUUGCUUUUGAAUGCAGAUAUCAAAUCUACAGAAGUGAUACAUAGAUUUUUUCAAACUUUUAUAGCUCUCAUGUUCUGAGCCAGAAUGGCAUAGGUUUUGUUUAUAGAAUACUUCCUGAGUGUACAUUGUGUAUUAAAAAUAUUUAAUGAUUCUUGCUUAACAUGAAAUUUAUUAAUAUGGAUAAGAAUUUUUGAUGGACAAAUUUUUUUUACAGAUGUGAGUACCUGGUCAUUCUUUUAAGAUAGUUUAAAUAAACUGCAUAUCAUAAGAGAAAUUUUUGAACUUCAACUGUAUAUUAAAACAGACCAAUAAAACUGCAGCUUUUGGAA